UGCACACGACGCGCUCUGCCUGGAAAAACAAACUCCGACUAGCUGUCGAGUGUGUCUGGCCCUGUUUGUUUUUUUUUUCUGUUCUGAGUUUUCUGCGCUUAGGCCAGCGUUCAGUUGGUCAGUGAGUCAGUAGUGAGUCAGUGGUGAGCCAGUGAGUGGACGAGUCCAAUGGCGAGCGUAUCUGCCCCACCACCCCCAACGGCGGCAGCCAAAUUAUUUAUAAAGGACAGCAACUAGUAGGGCGGAAAGGGAGGCAAAGCGUGGAAAAGCGAGGAAAAGCAAGGAAAAUCGAGGAAAACGCAGGCUGCCACAGGCGACACUUUGCUCUCUGCUCGGCGUCGGCAUACGCAAAACAAAUACAAAUUUUCGAAAUACAUUUCACGCGCGCGUGAAGAGGAGCGGAAUUACGGCGAAAAGCUUUGGGCAAUCUCCGCAAGCCCCAAACACACGCCCACUCGCAUCCAGAACGCAACUCCUGUGAAAUGGUGCAAACCAGUGCAGAUGGCUCCGACUUCAAGGAGCGGCUGAUAGCCAGCGUGAAGAAGGAGGUGAAGCAGCUGAUGGAGGAGGCGGUGACCAAGAAGUACGUCCACGAGGAGAGCAGCUCGGUGACCUCGCUCUGUGGCGCCGUGGAGGCCUGUCUGAGUCAGGGACUCCGCCGGCGGGCUCUGGGAUUGUUCAAGACCUCCUCGACGACGGCGCUGCUGCACAAGAUCGCGAAGAGCUGCCCGGAUGCGGAGCACAUCAGCAAACUGGUCCAGGCGAUCGAGGCCAGUGAUCCCAGCAAGCGGUCCUCCAGCAGCAGCGACAGCUUCCAGCGGCCGCCGAUGCUCAAGAAGAGCAGCAGCAACUCGAUGUCCGCCGCCAACAGUGCGGCGGCCACCUCGUCCUCCGCAUCCGCAUCCGCAUCCGCUUCCAUCAGCGUCAGUGCCAGCAACUCCAGCAUGUCCUUGGCCAGCAUGAAGUAUUUGUGGAUUCGGUUGGCUCUCUACGAGAAGCGACUCACCAAAAUCAUCGAGUAUCUGGUGGGCAAUGCCAGCAGCUUCUACGACCGGGACUCCCUGGUGGCCGAUCCGGACUAUGGCUCCAUCCUGAGCUCCCUGCUGGUGGGUCCUUGUGCCCUGGACUUCACGCGGGCCAAGACAGCCGAUCACUACUGGACCGAUCCGCAUGCUGAUGAAUUGGUGCAACGCCACCGGAUCAGCUCCUGUCGCCGCUCCUCGUCGACCUGCUCCCGACCGGCGAUCAUCAACUUCAAGCGGAGCCUGAACACGAGCUCCGACGAGGCGAGCAGUGGAUCCUUCAAGUCCAUUGCCUCGGCCAGUGUGGCCAAGGAUUACGUGGAGUCGCUGCAUCAGAAUGCCAAGGCCACAUUGCUCUACGGGAAGAACAAUGUGCAGGUCCUGCCGAAGGAUGUGGCCGAGCCGAUGCCAGGAUAUCUCAGUCUGCACCAGCACAUCCAGACGCUGACCAUCAAGUGGACGCCCAAUCAGCUGAUGAACGGCUACACCGAAUCGGAGGAGGCGGAGGACAUCGACAAGGACGCCUUCUGGGCCUACGCCCUCAACAUCAACGUGGACGAGAUCGUCUACGUCCACUGUCACCAGAGUCGCGGCGAGGACAGUGGCGGCACCGUCAUCCUGGUUGGCCAGGACGGCGUCCAACGGCCACCGAUCCACUUUCCCGAGGGCGGCCACAUGCAGCAGUUCCUCAGCUGCCUGGAGACGGGCCUCCUGCCACACGGCCAACUGGACCCGCCACUCUGGUCCCAGCGGGGCAUCGGCAAGAUGUUCCUCUGGCCACGGAGCAUGCGGCGCCGCAUCCUGCCCUCCGUCAUGGAGUCCGUGGACGAGACGCCCAUCGACUACGUCUUCCGCAUCGUCAGCAAAAGCCGCCACGAGGAGUUCGCUGCCACCCACUCGAUCAUGGACUUUGUGCGGAGCACUCCGCGACGGGCGCAGCUGAGCAGUUGCUCCACCACCGGCAGCAGCGACUGCUCCAACAAGAGCCUCUCCAUCGACCAGUUCCCCCUGGAGUCCCCCCUGCUCCUCCAGCAGCAGCAGCAACAACAACAACAGCAGCAACAGCUGCUCCAGGCACAGAGCACCAGCAUCGAGAUGGUCUGCUCCACGAUGCGGAGGCAGAUCAUCUCCAGGGCCUUCUACGGCUGGUUGGCCUACUGCCGCCACCUCUCCACGGUGCGGACCCACUUGUCCGGGCUGGUCCACGGCAGGAUUACGCCGGAAAUGAAAGCCGAUGAGGAGGGCCUGACCAAGGAGCGCUGGCAGCUCCUGAAUGUGGAUGGAGUGCUGGAGAACGCGACGGAGUUCUACCGCCUGGUCUACUUCGGGGGCGUCCAGCCGGAGCUGCGGCAGGAGGUGUGGCCCUAUCUGCUGGGCCACUACGCCUUCGGCUCCACCACGGAGGAUCGCAGGAAGCAGGACGAGACGUGCAAGCACUACUACGAGACGACGAUGAGCGAGUGGCUGGCGGUGGACGCCAUUGUGCAGCAGCGGGAGAAGGAGAAGACGGCCCGGGCGGUGGCCAAGUUGAGUUCCGGCAGCAAUUCCGGCAAUGAGAGGACCGUGCGGGCAGCCGAUCUGGAGGCGGGCGGCGAACUGGAGAACGAGGUGUUCGAGGACAUCUCGGAUAUAUCCGAUCCCGGUGACCUGGAGUUCGACGAGCAGCAGCAGCAGCAGCAACAGCAGCAGCAGCAGGCGGAGUGCCAGGUGAGUGGCAACCACCUGAGCGUGAAGCCCAUUCCCAGGGCCAUGAAGACCAGCACGGAUUCGGGUCACGUGGAUGAGGGCGAGAACUUCAAUGAGCUGGACGAACAGGAUGAGGAGGGUGAUGGGACAAGGCAGGCGCCUGGGGAGGGGGAUCGCCGGCCGGAUGAUCAGCUCAAUCCGGAGCAGCCAAGCAGCUCCAACUCCACAGCCUCCUCCUACGAGACGGUGGGCCCUGGCGGCAACCAACAGCAACCGACCAGCGACACCCGCAGCGUCCUCAGUCCGGAGUAUCUGAGUGCCGACGACCUGCAGCUGCCGGAGGAUGAGGAUGCAGUGAAGCCGGCGCAGCAGACGGCGGCUGUCAUCAUUACGAAGGCUUCCGUGGACAUAGCCCACUGGGAGUCGCGCAGUCCCAAAACGGGCGAGGGCGACCAGAUGUCACCCGUGGAGGAGCAGGUAGGGGAAUCCCCUGGCGGAGGCGUCAUUCUCGAUGCACUGCAGCAGCCCAAGUCCGCCUGCGCUUCACCAGCCAGUUCCAAUGGAGGUGUCUAUAGUAGCGAACUACUGGAGCAGUUCGGCCUGAAUCUGCACCGGAUCGAGAAGGAUGUGCAGCGGUGCGACAGGAACUACUGGUAUUUCGCCAACGAGAACCUGGACAAGCUGCGCAACGUGAUCUCCACGUACGUGUGGGAGCACCUGGACGUGGGCUACAUGCAGGGCAUGUGCGACCUGGUGGCUCCGCUCCUGGUCAUCUUCGACGACGAGUCGCUCAGCUACAGCUGCUUCUGCAAGCUCAUGGAGCGCAUGAUCGAGAACUUCCCCAGCGGCGGGGCCAUGGACAUGCACUUCGCCAACAUGAGGUCCCUCAUCCAAAUCCUCGACUCGGAGAUGUACGACCUGAUGGACUCCAACGGCGACUACACGCACUUCUACUUCUGCUACCGCUGGUUCCUGCUCGACUUCAAGAGGGAGCUCGUCUACGACGACGUCUUCGCCACCUGGGAGGUGAUCUGGGCGGCCAAGCACAUCGCCUCCGGCCACUUCGUCCUCUUUUUGGCCCUGGCCCUGCUGGAGACCUAUCGCGACAUCAUCCUCUCCAACAGCAUGGACUUCACCGACGUCAUCAAGUUCUUUAAUGAAAUGGCCGAGCGCCACAAUGCCCAAUCGGUGCUCCAAUUGGCCCGGAGUCUGGUACUCCAGCUGCAGAUGAUCAUCGAGAACAAGUAGAAACGUUCUAUAUAGGGCAUUAGAUCUAGAUCGUAGUUCAGUCAAAUUUCGUUUGCCAAAGAUAACCAAGAAGCCCUAGAAAAAGCGGAUUAACAAACAAACAAUAAGUAUGUGUCGAUCGAUGUCGUCGCUAUUGAAGUAUUCAACCUAGAUUUGUAUGAAACCAGAAACACUAACUAAAACCCGUAACUGUAAUCCUAAUGGUAACUGUAUGUACUUUAUGUCUACGUAAGUUCUUCCUAAACUCUUCACGCAUAUCCCCAGAAAUAAAGGAAACCAGAAAACAGGGGCAGCAAAUGCAAAAGACUCUGAGCAAAAGAAUGAAAUCUUAUAUAUGAAACCCUUAUACAACUGUAUAGACAUCUCUUACUCACACCUUGCACUCGAACAAUUUGUUUUCAGUGUGGUUUAUAUACAUAUAUAGAAGAAAUCGGGAGAGCCCAAUGUAGUUAUCACGUUAUAUCAAAAGGCAAAUCAAAUUAUCAAUAUAUAUAUACACAAAAAGUGCGUUUUAGCAGUUAUUUCAGAUCAAUUAUUUUUUAUUUAUUUGAAAUCUAUUAAGAACCGAUAAAAAAAAGGUAUACAAUCUAUUAAAGAAUACAAAUAGUUACCGAAAAAUCUUAAUUGAUCGAUGGUUUUUCAGCUUCAGUUAUAUUUAUCAAUUUACUAUUAAUUCUUUGUCCCUUAACCAAAAACCAAAUAUAUGUAUAAACUAUUGAUUAUGUCGAUGUUUUUGAUCUGAGACAACUGCAUUCGCAAAUCGCACGAUAAAAAUAUAAAUAAGAAAAGAACACACAACUAAUAGCUGAUCGUGAACGAAUUAAAAAUAGGUUCCGUUCCAAAAGAAAACCCGACAUUUAACUAAACCAAACCAAAGGCUACUAAACUCUGUACCAGCGAAAAUAUCCAAUUGUGUGUAACAAUCAAGUCAACAAUAAGUCAAGUACCCAAGUACCCUCAAAUAUCUAUAUAUACGGCAUGAUCUCUUGUGUCUAUUAUCUAUAUAAGCUGCCAAGCCAAGCCAAACCAAGUUCCAUUUUCAUUUAAUUGUAUUUUAUUUUUAUAUAAAUAUAUUUACAAAGCAGAGUCAACGCGUACUUAUAUCUAUUUUUCCCACUGUGUGAUCUCUCUCUCUACACCGAGUAUAAAUGUUGUGGAUUAUCUUUAUACCUUAAUUAUACUCUUUGUAAAUGUACCUUUCCCCGGACAAACAAGAGGUAGACGAUACCUCGGCUCCACUUUAUCUCAAUUACAAAUACAAAAAAAAAAAUAUAUAUAUAUAUAUAUAUAUACCCACACACAAUAUGAAUAUGAAU